AGUGCUCUCGCUCGGCGGCAUGGUGCUUAGUUUGUGUAUCUGUGUAACGUGUGUGGCUAAAAAGGUUUAAUAACAUGAGUUCUCAGAGAGGCAAUACAUCUCGAUCGCGGGGCCAGAAGCAUCAAAACACAACUGCGUUUAAAAACGACAAGUACGGGGCGACUACACAAGUGAAGAAGGCAAAUUCAAAGAUCCAUGAUGGGCUUUGUCAACGCUGUAAAGGUGUUCUUGAGUGGAAAGUUAAGUACAACAAAUACAAGCCACUAACACAGCCUAGAAAAUGUGUCAAGUGCUCCCAAAAGACAAUAAAAGAUGCGUAUCACAUCAUUUGUAAGCCCUGCUCUCUUCAGCAAGAGAUCUGCUGCAAGUGUGGGAAGAAGGAGGAGAUUGUUAUUCCGGUGAACUCACAUCUGGAGCAAAACGAGCAAGAAGUUGAUGAACAGAGAAAGAAAGGAUGUCGACGAAGGAAGCCAGACAUGGAUGGUUUGGACAGUGAUGAUGAUUAUGAUGAUGAUGAAGAUGACUUUGAUGACUGUGAAGAGGAGGAAGAUAAAGAUUUAGACGAGGACUCUGCAGCAAAAAAGCCACAGAGAAAAUCUGCUGUGCUGCCGGACCUGUCGCCAAUCAAUAUUGAAGAUUAAACACAAUAAGAGUUCUUUUCAAACCUGUGUAACAAAUAGGAUUUUUUGGGGCAAAAUACAGUAUCAGGUUUGUUGCAGAAGCUCUCUUAGACUAAUAUAUGUCAAUAAGCCGAUGCUGCCUGCUUGAAUGCAGAGCAUGAAGAAGGAAGUCAGGUGGUGAAAUGCACAAAAACUGCCAGAUGACAUCAGAGGGAGCAACGUAAUUUUUCUUUUUAACGGAGUCGGUGUACUUUCUAAAGAAUCUUUAGUUCUGUAAAUUGUUUAAACUGCCAUAAAUAAUGUUUUAUAGCCUUUCAUGCAUUUUGCAAACAUUUUGCAAUAAAUCACACUGGUUAGUAAUGUGUUUGCAGUGUUCAGCUUUAUGCCGCUGCUGAGCAGUUAGUACACCGAGAGAUGUCCCUAAUAUUUUGGCUGUUGAUGUUUAUAGGUUUGGCUAUCGGCUAUCAUAAACUGAAAUGUAUCCAAGACGCACUGUAUAUGUUUUCGGUUAAGUAGCACCAAUUAUUGCCGUUUUUUAUUUGAUUUUCUUUUGUUUUAUUUGUGUUUAAAUAUUAAAAUCUUCAGAAUAUCACUGAUUCAUCUAAAAUGUACAAUCACAUAAAUGUAAUACAGCAGUUUUUCCUCAGACUAACUUUAGAAACACUGAAAAUCUUGAUGUUGCUGAAUUUGAAAGGAGGAUAUCUUGAACAUUUUGAUUACAACUCACAUUAGUAAACUCACAAAUUAUGAAAGGCUCUUGGUGUGAGGAAAGCUAGAACCUCUACUACACAUUUAAACAUUUAUCAUAUUCUAUACAAACAUUCACCAGUGUCAUCUGCUUUUUGUACAUACACUCAUGAGACACUUUAUUACGUAUAUCUCGUCAGCACUGAGUUGGACCCCUUACGCUGGAAACAUUCCCCAAAGAUUUUGGUCCAUACCGGCCUGAUGGCUGCAGAUUUUUCAGCUACAAAUCUAUGUGAUGAAUCUCCCGUUUCACCACAUCCCAGAGCUGCUCUACGGGAUUGAAAUCUGCUGAUAAGUUAAGCCAAUUUGAGUGCAGUGAACUCGUCAUUUGCCAAAACAUAGUAUGCCAAAAAGAUACCUCUGUUACACCAACAACGACCAGAAAUGUUGAUCUAAGGCAGAAUGGUUGCAUGCUUUCAUAUUGUCUGUGCCAAGUAUCACCCUACUGUCUGAAUGUUGCAGAAGAAAUGAAUCAUCAAACAAGGGAACAUUUUUCCAAUCUUCUAUUGUUCAAUUUUGGCGGCUCUAAGCAAUUUAUAUCCUCAGUGUCCUGUUUUUACAGGCACUGGGUGUGGACUUCUAUUGCUGUAGACCAUCUGUUUCAAGGUUGAACAUGUUAUGCGUUCAGAGAUGUCCUUCUGCAUACCUCAGGUUGUAAUAAAUUGUUAUUUGUUGCC